CUGACUUCUGCCAAGGUUGAAGCUAUUGAUAAUCCAAAACAAUGGUAUUACUUAGCUUGCAAAACCUGUGGUUUGAAGGUUCAACAAUAUGGUGAAGAUUCUGAUGAUGUGGAUAGGAAGCCCAUUUUCAAUUGCAAGACAUGUGGUGAUAUUGAAGAUGUCUUUUCCAAAUAUUAUCUGAUUUUACGUGUAUCAGACGAUUUUUUUUCAGAAACCAGAUUUCUGUUAUUUGAUAAACUUGCAGCAAAAUUGAUUCAAAUUUCUGCUACUGAUAUUUUUGAAAAAUAUUCUGAGGAAGAUCCAUAA